UAAAUCAUAAUUUAAAUAAAUCAUAAUUUAAAAAAUAAAUUAAAAAUAUUGACCAUCAAAAAAUAAUUACGUUUUUUAGAAUACAACAAUAGUAUUUACAGGUUAUGUUUAUAAUCUACUGUACGAUGAGAUAUUGCGAUAACGUCAUUGAAAAGACAAAUGAAUCAUCAUAUCAAUUUGAUUCUCGAGAUAGAUGGCUCGAUUUUUGUCGGAAAUAAUUGACUAAUCGUAAAAUUAUAUAUUGUUACGUUAUCACGACGUAAACCCAGUUACAUGAUAGUGUAUUUUUGUUUUUCCUGUUAAUUAUCUUCAAUGACUAAUGUUUAUUAUGAGCUUUUUUAAAAGAAGAACAACAACUAGAACCACGUAUGCCUCGUGUUAAAAAAGAAAAGAAAAAUGAAAAGAUACAAAGGAAAAUAAAGUACAAAAACCUAUCUCAUCUGGUUGUUCCUAAUAAAAAAUUAAAAAAAGCAAAAAAAUCGUGAUGGAUCAUCAAGUAUAGUUCAAAGAAUUAGAAAUCUAAGAAGACGUUUUAAGCGAAAUAAAAAAAUGUGUUAAACAUUCGUUUUAAAUGUCGUCAAAAAAUAAAUACAUCCACCGAAUGAAUAUUGUUCAUUUUUUUUAAUCGAAGAGUAAAGAAAAUUUUAAGAAAUAAAAUAAUAUAGAGUGCAAUAUAUAUAUAUAUAUAUAUAUAUGUGUGUGUGUGUGUGUACAUCAAAAUAAGAUAAUUGAAUUCGAUGAGUGAAAUAUGAUUUUUUUUUCUUUUUUUUACUAAGAGCAUGACUCCGAAUCAUGGGUCAUUUCAUCACCCGAACAGUAUGGGUGAGACGAAUUUUUGCAUGGGGAAAAAGAUUUCUUUUUUUUUUCUCUACAAAAGUCUACAACUAUUUUUUAGUUUUAUCGUGAUGUUAUAAUUUUUUUUUAAGUAUCUACUUUUACAAAUAUAUAUAUAUGUAUAUGUAUCUUUGUUUAUUUUUUUUCCCUCGAAUAUCGAUUAAACUGACAAUGUAUUGAAACCAGAAAAAAAGUGGGCCAUCAUUCCCGGAAUUACUUUGUAUACAUACACACGUACACACACACACGUACACACACGUACAUACACACACACACACACACACACAGAUACAAUACAUACAUCUUACUACACAAGCGUAAUAAAUAUUUUAAUAAAGACAUUACUUGGACUUUGACUCGAUUACGUGUGAAGUUAAUCGCAGAUUAACGAAAUACGUACUCGCGAAUUCCUCCAAUUCUCUGGCAAUUUCGAUCAUCCUAUUUUACUGUGAAUUUACAUAUAUACCAAUAUAAGUUUGUAUGUGCUCAUCCAUGUACAACCACGUGUUUACAGCUUCUUAUAUAUGUUUGUAUUCGUCAUACAUAAAUAUAUACAUAUACAUGUAUGUGUAUGUCGUAAGUAGCUCGAUCAAAGAAAGAGAGAGAGAGAGAGAGAGUAGGAUGAUAUACGAGGUAUCAUAGUAGCGAGAGAGAAGAGUGAAGGAGUAAAGGAGAGAAAGAGAGAAAGAGAGACAUCUUUAAUGGUAGGUGUUACAAUGGAAAGAAGAAGAAAAAGAGAGAGAGAGACAAGAAACUAAGUAUAAUAUGUAUAUAUCGGCACGUGAUCUUUCGUUCCAUCAAAUACACGUUUUCUCUAUCCCACUAACACAUCUAUAUAAACCUUUCUCUCUCUCUCUCUCUCUCUCUCUCUCUCUCUCUCUCACUCUCUUCCUCAUCGAUUCGACUUUAUAUAAUUCGCGAAUCAACCGUCAGAGUUCGCGUCAGUCGUUUAAUUUACGUAAGUCGCGCGGUAACGCGUUCCGAGAAGGUAAUCGUACCGCGAUACUCGCGAGUGUUCGAACGAGGUAGUAGUGACUGACUCGUCGUCCUUUUGUUCAGAGGAUUAUUUUAAUUUCAUUUUCUUUCCUUUUCAUUUCUUCUUCUCUUUCGUCACGUAAAUCGUACGUAAGAUAAACCAAUUGAAAUACAAUCGUAUCGAUAUCUACGAAAAUGUUUUUUAACGAUCUUUUUCUUUAAAAAAAAAGUAAUAAAUGAAUGAAUAACAAAUAAUAGAAAUAAAUAAGAUAUAUUAAAAAAAAAAAAAUAACGAAACGAACACGGUUUCAUCUCUCUCGAAAUCGUAUCGUAGAUCAAAGGAUUAUCAAUGGUAAUCAGAGAAGAGGAAAAAUAAUAUUUGAAGAAUCUUUAAGAAAGAACGAUAAGAAAAAAAGAAGAGUUCGUAUAUCUUUGUUUUAUUGAAAAUAAUCGAAUAUUGGAGAAGAUUAAGGACAGAAGGGUAUCGAAUAAAGACGAAUAUAUUCGAACGAUGAUUAUUCGAUUUGAAAGCCGAUGAUACAGUGAUAUUUCUUCGUACCGAAAAGAAAACGAAGGAAAAAACAAGAAGAAAGGAUUUCACAUUUCAAUCGUGAAGAUAUUCGAGUGACCAAUGUAAUAUAAUCAGGAAAUCGUGGAAUGUGCGAACGUUAUGAUCGUUGGAAGUAUCGCUUAUUGAUAAAUUAUAUCGUAAUUAUCGUCGUCGAAUUAAAAUCCGAAAGAAAAUCGUUCGAAAGAUACGCGGUGUUGUUGUUGUUGUUUCGUUGAAAUUGAUAUCAUCGUUGUAUAUCGCGUGAAAGAAUAAGAAGAAAAGAAAGAAAGAAUAAUAAUAAUAAUAAUAAUAAUAAGAAGAAGAAGAAGAAGAAGAAGAAGAAGAAGAACUACACACAACAACAACAAAUAUUAAUUAAAGCAAACACAUUAAUUCCAUUGCAAAUAUUCAACGAAUGAACGUUAGAAACUAUCAUUUAAAAGAUUAUCGAUCGCGUAUGAAAAAUUUCAACAAAAAAGGAAAAGGUUACGAAUAAACGUUCUCUCUACCUUUACCGACCGAGAUCUACUAUCUAGUUAUCAAUAAAGCGAUGUAAGAGAAAUAGAGAGAGACAGAGAGAGAGAGAGAGAAAGAGAGAGAGAGAGAGAGAGACAGAGGAAGGAAGAAAAAGAAAGAAAGAAAGAAAGAGAGAGAGAGAGAGAGAGAGAGAACAAACAGGAGAAGAAAGAAAGAGAGAGAGAGAGAGAGAGAGAAGAGACAGAAAGAGAGAGACAGAAAGAGACUAUAAAAGAAAAAUGUCAGCUCGUCUAGAUAUCGAAUGUUUCGUGGUUAUCGUGCGGUUUACGCAUCGUACCGCGAUCGUUGCGUGAUCUCUUGCGUGUUUUCGGAACGCGCGGUCGUGCGCACGCGAGUUCUCUCGUUUCCUUAGCUUCCCUCAAAACCGGCGUGUGCGUGUGCGUGUGCGUGUAGUGUUGUGUGGUGUAUGUGCGUGUGCGUGUGUUUGUGUGUGUAUAUCGUGCAUAUUCUUUUUCUCUCUUUCUCUCUCUCUCUCUCUCUCUCUCUCUUUAUCUAUCCGUCUCUAUCUACCUCUAUCUUCGUCUCUCUCUCUCUCUCUCUCUCACCCACACUACUACUCACUCACUCACUCACUCACACUAUCUGGUUUUUUUUAUCGGUCUAUCUCUUCCUAUGUCUCAACAUUUUUGCUUAUACACCGUACUCCUCUCUCUUUUUCUCUUUCUCUCUCUCUCUCUCUCUCUCUCCCCCCCUCUCCCUCUGGGUACUUACAUAAAUCACAUAAGAAAAUAUUAAUUUUCGAUUAAUCUCAUUCGUCAGUGUACGAACGUGCGUACGUCCGUACGUACGUACGUCCACCGUCGUCCAUGCGUGCGUGCGUGCCUGCCUGCCUGCCUGCCUCUGCCUGCUGCCUGCCUGAGUGUUGCCUGUGUGUACAUUGUGUGUUGUUUCGUGUAUUGGUUAAAUAGUGCGCCGCGUUGUGUUACACACUGUGCGUGUACGGUAUGAGAAAGAUUCGUUCGUACUAAUAGUUUUCUCACACGUUCGAUUAAUACGAAGGGAAUAACACUGUCGUUCGUUCUUUGGUGCGCGAUAUUCAUUAUUAUUAUUAUUAUUAUUAUUGUCGUCGUCGUCGUCGUCGUCGUCGUCGUCGUCGUCGUCGUCGUCGUUGUCGUCGUCAUCAUCGUCGUCAUCGUCGUCAUCGUCGUCUCUUUUUCUUUCUUUCUUUCAUCCUUUCAUCAUUUCUUUCUGUCUUUAAUUAUUCAAACAAAACGGCUCCGACACUCCGAUUCUCGCGAAAAAUGGAGGACACCCAAGGGAAAAUCUUUUUCAAUCGAACUGACUCAACCGUCUUCGUAUUAUUAGCGACAAUGAUCUUUGGUGGAAUCAUCAUAAUCUUUGGUUAUAUUGUCAGCCGGUAUUCAAGAUCCCAUGGCGUUAUGGAUUCGACGAAAGGUACAAAAAAAAUGGGCAAGAAGAAAAUGUACCGUUCCAUGAUCAUUCACGUAGAAUGCGGUGCAACAACCAUAUCGGAGAAAGGAAAGCGCGUCGAUUCGAGAAACUCAUUAGCAGGAUCGACGACUAAUUCGAGCAUUACCAAACGGACGAAAAAUAAAAAACGCCGAGAGACACAACAAGAAUUCACUCAUUCUUGGGUCGUCGGUACCUUGAAGGGUCACACUGGUACAAUAUUUAACAUGAGCUUUUCAAGUAACGGAAAGCUUCUCGCAUCUUGUGCAGAAGAUGGAAAGCAGCCGAAGGAGGUGGUCCCGGAAGGAACUGGAGAGCCAUCAACGAAAUCAUUCUAUCAACCAAACACAACAAUGGUUGGAUGUGCUCCUCCCCCUGUUACAAUAAAAGAUGACUGGCCGAAUUUGAAUCCUGGCUAUCAUUCAGCAAAUUCGUCUGUUAUACUGGAAAAUCAUCAUCAUCACCAUCAUCAUGUUCAUCAAGCAGAAGGAAUUCAACAACCAUUGAAUAAACCCAACGAACAAAAUAUGCAACCACAGCCACCGAUAUUACACACAGUUGAAAACCAUCCUGCAGCCAUUAUACAUUAUCACGAUUGUAAAUUAAAUUCGCAAGAACAAAUGUAUUACAUGCGGCAAAUGCAAAUACAAGCCCAAAUGUAUUACAAUUCCAACAUGCUGCGACAUGGAAGAUU